CUGUUAAAAAAUAUAUAUUGUAAACAAUGUGCAUCGUAGGAAAUACGGGGGUAUUUAACCUCCUUUAUUAGGCUACUAUACAUACAUGAAAAAUGGAGGGGCUUAUUUGGAAAAGGAAAUAGAGAGAAACAAGUGUAUUGACUAGUAACCACUGCUUGCUGAAAACUGUUUGCCUGUGAUCGCUGAUUCUGAUUUGGACUGCACCGGUGCAAGGCCUCCUGCGCUGCCUGCCUGGCAACGCACGCCGGAGAGCCGCGACGCCCCCCGUCCACCUCCUCUCCCCUGCGUUGUCUUCUCCGUCUCUCUCUCUCUCUCUCUCUUGUCGCCGCCGCCGCCGCUGGCUGGAUUAAUCGGUCGAUCGCGCCUGCCGAUGCAUGAGUUGCUGAGCUAAUCGAGCUGAGGCCGCCCGCCGCCCUUGAAGAAGACGAAGGCGAAGACGACUCCUCCCAGGCCGGCAGGCCCUCCUUCUUUCUUGAUCGAAUUGAAGCAGCAUCUCCCAUGGUACGGUUCCAUCCCUUCCCACUCUGCUUGUUAGUAGUAUCACCACUUUUUUUUUUUUCCGACCCCUGCUGUGGCGUGGUGAUCUCAUCAUCUUCUCCGCCGUCGGCCGUCGCACCGCGUGAAGCUGCGUGCGUUCGUCAUCUUUAUGCGUUUCUUGACGCGUCGCCAACGAAUCCAGGAUUCCUGCGAUCUUCGUCCCUUUCCCUGCGCCGCGCAACGAAAAUGUUUUUUUUUUUUCUUGGGUCCUUCAUUCACAAAGAAAACCGCUGUUCCAUUCAGCUUCAGUUCAGAAAUAACCGCUGCUCUGCUGUUACAACCUUCCUUCACGAUCGACCAAUCCAAAGCUCCCAUCUUCUAAUUCCACAGUCUCAGCAAUUCUCAAUUUCCCAUACGAAUUCUUGUCUGAAAAAACAAAAAAUCUCUCCUUUCAGCUGAUCGGCAUGCCGCAGGGAGCAGCAGCAACAGCCGUGGACAGCAACGGCAAGGACGGCGGCGGCGGCGCCAACCCCACUAGCACGGCCCGGCCAGCGGCGGCGCUGCCCCUGAAGCUCCUCCGCCCUCUCCUCCUCUUGGCGGUGCUGGGCACGGGGUUCCUCGCCGUCGUGGUCCUGUUCCUCGGCGGCCCGACCUACUCGGCCAUGCUCCCGCGGCUGUCCCUCGCCCCGGACGCCGUGCUGCCUGCGCCAGCGUCGGCGGGGAAGGCGCCGCUGGACCGGUGGAAGCGGGCGCCCGCGUCCGCCUGGCACAACAUGACCGACGAGGAGCUGCUGUGGGCGGCGUCGUGGCGGCCCAGCGUCCGGCGGUACCCGUACCGCCGCACGCCCAAGGUGGCCUUCAUGUUCCUCACCCGUGGCCCGCUGCCGCUCGCGCCCCUCUGGGACAGGUUCUUCGCCGGCGCCGGGGACGCCGCCCUCUUCUCCGUCUACGUGCACGCCACGCCGGGUUACCGCCACGACUUCCCGCCGGCGUCCGCCUUCCACCGCCGCUUCGUGCCCAGCCAGGUGGCUGAGUGGGGCAAGGCGAGCAUGUUGGACGCGGAGCGGCGGCUGCUAGCGAACGCGUUGCUAGACCCGGCGAACGAGCUCUUCGUGCUGCUCUCCGAGUCGUGCAUUCCACUCUACGGCUUCCCGGCGGUGUACAGCUACCUGACGCGGUCGAGGGCGAGCUUCGUCGGCGCGUUCGACGACCCUGGGCCGGCAGGCCGUGGGCGGUACCGGGCUGGGCUGGCGCCGGAGGUGCGGCGGGAGCAGUUCCGGAAGGGCGCGCAGUGGUUCGAGCUGGACCGGGAACUCGCCGUCGACGUGGUCGCCGACGAGCGGUACUACCCCAAGUUCCGGGAGCACUGCCGCCCGCCGUGCUACGUGGACGAGCACUACCUGCCGACGGCGCUCUCCAUCGAGGCGCCCGCGCGGAUCGCCAACCGCAGCGUCACGUGGGUCGACUGGUCCCGCGGCGGCGCGCACCCGGCCACGUUCGCCGGGAAAGACGUCGACGAGGCGUUCCUGAAACGGCUCACGGCGGCGCCCGCGAAGCAGAACUGUACCUACAAUGGCCAGCCGUCGGAGGUGUGCUUCCUGUUCGCUAGGAAGUUCGCGCCCAGCACGCUGCGGCCGCUGCUCAGGCUCGCGCCCAAGCUGCUAGGAUAUGGCUGACUGUCACUGUCACUGUCACUGCUCUGCUCUGAAUCUGAAUCUGAAUUUUCUCACAGGGAACCAUACUCUGCUUUAACAACUUUCUACUAGUAUGACUAAACAGAUGUGGUUGAUUGGUAUAAAAAGCUGCUCUAGACCCCAUGAUCGUCAUCAUCCAUGUAUAGAUAUAAUAUACUAGCUCCAUGGCUUACACAAUUACACCAGCGGAACAUCAGUUUUUGGCUCAAAGGAAGAGUGUUGAGAAAACAAGCAAAUCGAGUGUUUCCACACAUAUCAAGGCCUGAAUUUUAAACCA